AAGAGCCGGUGGGCGUGGCCUCGUCCCGUUGUGGGCGUGGCUUCGCGGCCCCGUUGUCUCCGCUCCCCCAUCAUGGAGGACCCGUCUCGUUUAAUGGCACCGCACGGAACCGGGGUGACCCUCCAAGGGGGGGGGGGUCUCCCACCGGUGGUGGCUCCCAACCCCCCCCCUACGGCGACACCGAGUGAUCCCAGCUCCGUGGUCACCCCGGGCCCACCACCACCAGCUCCCGCUCACGAUACGGGUGACGUUCUGCAGCAGAUUAUGGCCAUCACCGAUCAGAGCUUGGAUGAGGCCCAGGCGAGGAAACACGCCCUGAACUGCCAUAGGAUGAAGCCUGCUCUGUUCAGCGUGCUCUGCGAGAUCAAGGAGAAAACAGUGUUAAGUAUUCGUGGUAUUCAGGAAGAAGACCCCCCCGAUGCCCAACUAAUGAGACUAGAUAACAUGUUGCUGGCGGAGGGCGUCUCCGGCCCCGAGAAAAGAGGAAGAGGAGCACCGAUGGCUGUAGCAGCAACACCAGGUGGCUGUCCAAAUGACAAUAGCAUUGAGCACUCUGACUACAGGGCCAAGCUGUCACAGAUCCGACAGAUAUACCACUCUGAGCUAGAGAAAUAUGAACAGGCCUGCAGCGAGUUCACCACCCACGUCAUGAACCUGCUCAGGGAACAGAGCCGGACGAGACCCAUUUCUCCCAAAGAGAUUGAGCGGAUGGUGAGCAUCAUCCAUCGCAAAUUCAGCUCCAUCCAGAUGCAGCUGAAGCAAAGCACGUGUGAAGCCGUCAUGAUCUUCCGCUCACGCUUCCUUGAUGCGAGGCGGAAGAGAAGAAACUUCAACAAGCAGGCUACGGAAAUCCUGAAUGAGUAUUUCUAUUCCCAUCUCAGCAACCCUUACCCCAGUGAAGAAGCCAAAGAAGAGCUAGCCAAGAAGUGCAGCAUCACGGUUUCGCAGGUUUCAAACUGGUUUGGCAAUAAGAGAAUCAGGUACAAGAAGAACAUCGGGAAGUUCCAGGAAGAAGCCAAUCUUUAUGCAGCGAAGACGGCUGUGGAUGCAACCAACGUUGUGGCUCAGGGCAACCGGGCGAACUCCCCAUCGACACCAAAUUCGGCUUCUUCUGGCUCUUUUAAAAUGACCAAUUCCGGAGAUUCCUUCAUUAAUUUGCAGUCGUUGACCUCCUACCAGAGCUCUCCAGUGGGAGGCAAUGUGCAGUCACAGAUGGAUUCCUUGCACCAUGUCAUACACCAGACGGGAAGAUAUGACUCCAUUGUGGGGAAUCCUUUGUACACGACGCAGCGCAUCGACGCGAAUGGCAGCUGGCAGGACCCGACCACCCCUUCAUCCAUCACCUCACCCGCAGGAGACCCCGGAAGCGUUAAUUCCGACGCGUCCAAUUAAGUCGUUAGGACCUUAAUGAAGAGAGGAAAGAGGUCGUUAGUGUCAUUUGUCAGUGUUGCUCUUUUCGCCCGUUAAUUAACGUGACACACAGCUAAUUACCUCAGCCAAACCCUGGAACCAAUAGAAGAUUGUGACGAUGAUGAUGGUGAUGAUGAUGAUGAUGAUGAUGAAGGACACCUCUCUA